GGAGAUUCUCAGAGGGAGGUUUCAGAGUAGCAGCCGUGUUAGUCUCAGAGGGAGGUUGGUGAAAUGCAGAUUAAAAAAAGCACUGCCAAUCACCAGGCUACUCUGUGUUCAGGAAAUCCAGCAAGCAAUAUACCCUGACUCAUGUUACUGGGGGGGUAUUCAUAAAACCCUGUAAUGACCAUAUUGUUGAAGGUGUCCAUGCAUCACCUAGCAUAAUGGGACACGGCUCCUGGUCUGAACUGCUGGGUGUUAUGUGUAUUGUUACUGUGAUGUAAAUCAUGCUGUAAGAGUCCAUACUGUCAUCGUGCUGCAAGAGUAAAAUACUGAAAAACAAAAUAGUGUGAGGAAUGAAGAGAAACAAUUGGAGAAGUAAAGAAAAGGAGGGGUGGAGCAAUCGCAGACAAACCCACCAUCCCAACCACUACAGAAGACCCAACCAUUGUAGCUUUACUGAAAGGUGUGAACAAGAGGAACCAUGGAACUCACUGAAUGCAGACACCAGCAACAGCGGAUCCUCUUCUGAAGUAUGUCCUAGCUCUCCAGUGCCUGAACUACCAGGAUUUUACUAUGACCCUGAAAAGAACCGCUAUUUCCGCCUGCUCCCUGGACAUAAUAACUACAACCCUCUCACCAAAGAGAGCCUCCAGUACAAGGAGAUGGAGUGCAAGAGACUGAAGCUCUUAGAAGAGGAGGAAAUGCAAAAGAAGAAAACAUCCAGAGCUGGAUUGAACUCAUCACUUGUCUUACGCAAGAGGCAGUUAGGGUUACUCAGCUCCACCAAUUAUUGCAGAUUGGUCCACGAAUUAAAGGUGAACUGCAUGCAGAGGAGGAAGGUAGAGAUUCGGAGCCCAGAUUCCUCAGUUACUGGAACCAACAAUUUUAAACUAAUAGUGGCAGACACGGCUUGUGAGCGGAUAUUCACUGUGAAUGAUGUAGAACAUGGAGGGUGUAAAUAUGGUAUCAUCAACCUCAGUGGCUUAGGGAAGGACUCUCUCACGGUGGAGAUGUAUGACAACCUGUACUUCACAAACCGCAAGGUGAAUUCUGUGUGCUGGGCAUCGCUGACUCAUCAAGAUUCCCAUGUUUUGUUGUGCCUCAUGGGGAUUGCAGAAACUCCAGGCUGUGCCAGUCUGCUUCCAGCAUCCUUAUUCAGCAACUCUAACCCAGGAGAUCAGCCUGGAAUGUUGUGCAGCUUCAAGAUCUCUACUGCCUGGUCCUGUGCUUGGUGCCUGAACCCCCAGGCUGAUAACUGCUUCAGCACAGGGCUGAUGCGACGAGUCCUUGUGACCAAUGCAAUGACUGGUCAUCGGCAGACAUUUGGAACAAGCAGUGAUGUACUGGCACAACAGUUUGCUACCCAGACUCCAGUGCUGUACAAUGGCUGCCGUUCAGGGGAGGUUUUCAGCAUUGACAUUCGUCAGCGCAGCCGGAGGGGCCACAGCUGGAAAGCUGUCCGUCUCUUCCAUGACUCAGCAGUCACAUCUGUGCGCCUUCUCCAAGCUGAGUACUAUCUUAUGGCAGCAGACAUGGCUGGAAAGAUAAAGCUGUGGGACCUGAGAGCAGUGAAGUGUGUGAAACAGUACGAGGGCCAUCAUAACGAAUAUGCUACUCUCCCUCUGCAAAUAAAUGAGGAUGAAGGGCUUGUUACAGCAGUUGGUCAGGAUUGCUACACAAGAAUUUGGAGUCUCCAAGAUGCCCAUCUGCUCAGAAUGAUUCCCUCUCCACACCCAUCCUCCAGGGACUCCAUCCCCAGUGUGGUGUUCUCUUCGAGACUCGGAGGCAGACGAGGAGUUCCUGGCCUCCUCAUGGCAGUCAAGCAGGAUCUCUACCACUUCUCUUACAACUCAGAUAAUCCAUGUUGUCCCUAGACCGGGUAUACGGAUCUUCCAGCCCCCCUGCGUGACUCAAGAGACAACUGUUAGGUGUGGCCUCUUAUUGUCACCAUUGCAUUGACUCAAGCUGUGGUGCUGCCCUGCCUGCUCUGUCUCUGGAGUUUUGAACUUCGCCCAGCAGGCUCAGCAACUUUCUACUGUAUCUGCUCUAAAACUACCAGGCAGUUGUAAAUAAAAGUGACGAACUGUU